AUGGAGGAGUAUCCGGAGAAAGCAGAGUUGAGGAGAAUGCAGAGGGAGCAAGAGAGGGAGAGGAGGCGAAUACGAGACAGGCAGAGGAGGCAAUCCAUGACUCAGGAGCAAAGGGAACGGCAUCUCGCGAGGCGCCGGAGAAACUACCAGCUCCGGAGACAGAGAGCUGCAAAUGCUCAUUCUCACUCUCCAUUCAUUCCUCUUCCUCAAUCUCAUAGUCUAGAAUCGAGUGCGGGGGAAGGGAGUACCUGUGAAGCUAGUACUAGUGAUGAGUUUCAAGGGCUCAAUUCUUCUACCUCAUUAGACUACAGAGUCCUAUCUCAUGGCAUUGGCCUCAACCAAGGACAAGAAACAUUGGAUUUGGGAAACAAAUUUGAUCAAGGUUCAUCAGUUCAAUUAGAAACACUCCAAGCUUAUAAACCAGCAAAUUCACCAGGAAGGCUGCGUCUAAAUCAUAUUAAACGACUUGCGCGAAACCUGACGCGUUCAAUUGUUGAUACUGCCCCUACUGACCAGGUUGCAGCUGAGUUGAUAACAAAGGAUGAUGUAUCUGUUGGUGAUUCUGGUACCACAACGAAAUCGAUGCGUUUGAAUUGUGUGAAGCGCCUUGCCCGAUCAAUAAAUUCUACUCCCAAAGAGACUGUUCAGAAGGAUCAAAAUUUGGCACCACCAGAAGGGAUUCAGUUGCUUGGUACUGGGAGCUUUAUAGCAUCUAGUUUACUUUAA